CCGCACGCGUCGUAGAUCAGCACGAUGCGCCAACAACGUCGGGCUCUCGUGCGCUCUCUGGAGGGAUCCAUGUCGACUCCAUCAUCACUCUCACCAGCGCUGGCCUUGGUUACUGUGUGCUCCGGAUUCCCGACGUCUUCACGCAACUGCAUGUCUCACCUUGAUUCGUUGACAUCACCCUUCUAAUAGUCAUCAGGCCAGUCGUUGCCCAUGCGCCAUCAUAGGAUCCUUCGCGACCCCAUCUAACCCACUCGCUGCGGCUACAAAGCUAAGGAUGGCGGAGCGACAAGGCGCAGCGCAGGACGACAGCUUCUUCAACGACCUAUCUCAGCAACACGCGAACGCCCCCUCCUACGAUGCAGCCGAGCGACCGGCCGAGCGACGUGGUUCGCAAGAAGGACAAGGCGACAACGGCCAGGUACCGAAGCCGAAGCGCAUAGCAUGCGUGCUGUGUAGGAAGCGCAAGUUGAAAUGCGAUGGCACCAAACCCUCCUGCGGCACCUGUGCCCGAUUGCAGCAUGAUUGCUCCUACGACGAGGUGCGAAAGAAGUCCGGACCCAAAAGGGGCUAUGUGAAAGCCCUAGAGGCGAGGUUGGCGCAGGUAGAGACACUUUUGAAGACACAGGAUGAGCCGCCCGUGGCUGCGCCAAACGGACGAAAGAGCACGCUUCCAGACUACGAUCGUACUGGCUUAGGAACCAAUUACGCGGCACAGGCUGGACGCACGAUGGCGCAACGCGACAUGCCUUCUCAGACGCAACAAGACAACCCAAUGCUGGGUGCAGCUACAGUAGAUGAUCAAAAUGCUUCUUUUGAAGACCAAUUCCCUUGGGAGAUGAUCGGACUGGGUCUGGAAGAGCCGCUGCCCACCCAAGAUGUGAUUGACGAGUUGAACCAAGUGUACUUCGAGAAAGUGCAUCCGUCCUUGCCCAUGAUACACCGACCACGAUACUAUGCCGCCAUGAACCUCGCGCCGCACAUGAGACCGCCCAUAUGCUUACGAUAUGCAAUGUGGGCGAGUGCCGCUGCAGUCACGGACAAAUACGAAGCUCUGCAAGAGCACUUUUACCAACGAGCACGAAAGUAUAUUCAGCAAGACGAAAUGAAAGGCCAUGGCGAGAGCUUGAUCACUGUCGCACAUUGUCAGGCCUGGGCCUUGUUGGCUACUCACGAGUUCAAACUUAUGUAUUUCCCCAGAGCAUGGAUGUCUUCUGGCCGUGCUUCCCGUAUGGCUCUCAUGAUGGGACUUCACAGAAUGGACGGAAAUGGCCUGGAUGUGAAACAGUGCUUGUCACCGCCCAAAGAUUGGACCGAGAGAGAAGAGAGGCGUAGGACGUUCUGGAUGUGCUUUUGCAUUGACCGUUAUAGCUCAAUAGGGACCGGCUGGCCCAUGGCGAUCGAAGAACGCGACAUUUUGACCAACCUGCCGGCAGACGAGGACGCGUACGAUUUGAGCAGACCGGCGAGGACAACUUCACUUCCUGAAGCCCUGGAGCCCCAUGCGACCUCGACUCUGACUCCCUUUGCAGGAGUAGUCGUUAUGGCAUGUCUGUUCGGCAAGAACUUGACUCAUUUGCACCGGCCCGAUGCGGAUGAUCGCGAAGGUGAUCUCGACGGCAACUUUUGGAAACGACACAGAAGCAUUGAAAAUAUGCUACUAAACAUAGCUCUGAGCCUGCCGGAUUCCUUGCGCUUACCUGCAGGUCUCAAUAACGCCAACACAGUCUUCGUGAACAUGAACAUACACACCUCAACCAUCUGCUUGCACCAAGCAGCUAUCUUCAAAGCUGAGAAGAAUCGGAUGCCUCCACGGAUUGCGGCCGAGUGCAAAGUUCGAUGUGUGACUGCGGCCGCUGAAAUCGCCAACAUAAUGCGACAGAUCUCACAUCUCGAUCUCGCUGCUACGAACGCUUUCGUGCCAUUCUGCCUUUACGUGGCGGCUCGCGUUUUUGUACAGUAUCUAAAAGCUCGAUCAAAUGACGCACAGGUCAGAGCGAGUCUGCAGUUCCUGCUGUCGGCCAUGCACGCCAUAAAACGAAAGAACCCGCUCACGGAAUCUUUCUUGGUUCAAUUGGACAUCGACUUGGAAGGUGCUAGGCUUCAGGACCUCAGACAACUUCGAGCACAAGUUCCAUUGAAAAACGACGCGCCAUAUCGAUCACCUAGCUGCGCUCAAAUGGGAUUGCCGCCCAACUCGACUGCUCGUCCGACGUUUGGUGACCAUGGCCUCGCGGUGUAUCAAACUCCAGUCAUGUCCCAGCAGUCGCACUCUCCAGAGGUCAGCGACAUGAACAAUGGCGGGAAUGGUAGAUUUGUCAAUGGGUCCAACGCGCAACACUUUGAACUCCCGAAUCGGCAACGAAGUACACCUGGCUCGAUAAGUGGCUCCACCAUGUAUCCAAGUCCGAAUCACGGUCUCGUCGUGGAGAUGGACACGAGUCCCGAUGCCAGCGGUGAUCAGAGGACGCCGGGCUCGAGCACGCACUCCCAUCACAACGGAACAUCAUCGACUUCAUAUUCACCGCAGCACCAAUCGAUGCACAACAAUGGGAUGCACACGGAUUCAGCUCAAAUGCCUGCGUCUUUAGCGGACUUUGAUUUGAGCACACUAGCAGGUUCGACGUAUACGGCUCAACAGUCAGGUGGUUUCGCGCAAAACUGGACAGACAAUGUGAAUACGGGCAUGACACCAGGAGGCAUGGGCACUGGUAUGACAACCGAUGGUAUCAAUGACAUAAUGAACGGAAUGACUGAUUCGGAUUGGACGGUCAUGUUGGAGUCGUUGGCCAACAACGGCUGGGAGACGGGAAUGGCCAAUCCUCCGUCGAUGAUGGAGACAACAGCGAGACGAGGUUAAUGAUCAGCAUCACAGCGGACUUGAGGUAUAGCUGGCACUUGGCCAACUGGCUGGUGCGUCUGGAGGUUGUAGCCUCGAUGUGCCAAAUAGAUACCCAUUUUCACUCCUCUCGACUGAGCAGUAUGAGGCGUAUCGCGC